CGCACCAGUUUUGCCUCCAAUCCAGUGGAGGUUUCAAUAGCAGCAGCGCGGCAGGGGAGGGACGCACUGCCAGCACUCAGGAUACCCACUCACACACACUCUCUCACACACACUCCUGCCCACCAGAGACCAGUUAAAUCCGCAAGAAAACUGCAAACACGCACCAGAGCAGUCGCCUAAUCCGAUUGAUAGGCACCAACAAUAGAAGUGAAAACUGGGGGAACUACUGGACACUGCAGAGGACAACUUGUGUUUUGAUUUUUCUUUGAAAUCGCUUUAGUUGUGAAGCACUUUGUGAUCUUGGUGAUAUCAGAGCGGUUUUAGGAACAAGAAGCGCCAUCCUUCAGAUAACUUCGCCUUUUCAUAUCCCGAAAGAAUGAGGCAGUGUAAAGGUUGGAAUACGGUGCUACUGGUGCUUUUGGGACUGGGAGCUGUGGCCCAGAAGCUGCCCACGAGAGACGAAGGGCUCUUCCAGAUGCAGAUCAGAGACAAGACGCUGUUCCACGACUCCUCCGUCAUCCCAGAUGGAGCUGAGAUCAGUGGCUACCUUUUCAGAGACACAGCUAAGAGGUACUACUUUGUGGUGGAAGAAGACAACACACCCUUGUCUGUGACCGUGACACCUUGCGAUGCUCCUCUGGAGUGGAAACUCACACUGCAGGAGCUGCCAGAAGAGGCCAGCGGAGAGGGAUCAGGAGAGCCUGAACCUCUGGACCAGCAGAAACAGCAGGUGACCGCAGACGAAGGGACGGAGCUCUUCACCUACAAGGGUAAUGAUGUGGAGUCCUAUGUGGCCACCAGCACGCCCUCUGGCCUCUACCAACUGGAGCUGCUGUCUACAGAGAAAGACAGCAACUUUAAGGUGUACGCCACCACAACUCCAGAGUCUGACCAGCCAUACCCGGAGCUGCCUUACGACCCUCGUGUGGAUGUGACUGCCCUAGGCCGUACCACUGUCACCCUGGCUUGGAAGCCUACACCUACAGGCUCUCUGAUGGGCCAGCCAGUCCAGUAUUGUGUAGUAAUCAACAAAGAGCACAAUUUCAAGAGCAUGUGCGCUGCUGAAGCUAAGAUGAGCACUGAUGAUGCCUUCAUGCUGGCUCCAAAGCCCGGCAGAGACUUCAGCCCGUUUGACUUUAUGCACUUUGGCUUUGUUCCUCCUGACAGUGGUUUUGGCAAAGAUCGAGGGCUCACAAGUAACAAGAUCUCACGUGCGUACACAGCCAAGCCCAAAACAUCAGACAUUCAGAAGGUGUGUAUUGGCAAUAAAAAUAUUUUCACCGUGUCAGAUCUGAAGCCAGACACACAAUACUACUUUGAUGUGUUUGCUGUCAAUUCUGCCACCAACACCAGCACAGCAUACGUGGGAACUUUCGCCCGCACUAAAGAGGAAGCUCGUCAGAAGACAGUGGAACUGAAAGACGGCAAAGUAUCGGAUGUUUUCAUCAAGAGAAAAGGCAGCAAGUUUCUGCGUUUUGCCCCCGUCUCUUCCCAUCAGAGGGUCACUCUGUUUGUCCACACAUGCCUGGACGCCGUGCAGGUGCAGGUGAGGCGCGAUGGUAAGCUGCUGCUCUCCCAGAACGUGGAGGGGGUACGGCAGUUCCAGCUGCGGGGAAAGCCAAAAGCCAAGUACCUGAUCCGCUUGCGGGGUAGCAGGAAAGGAGCCUCCACUUUGAAGGUACUAGCCACCACACGACCCAGCAGCAAGCAGCCCUUCCCUUCACUUCCGGAGGAUACUCGCAUCAAAGCCUUUGACAAGCUGCGCACCUGCUCCUCCGUCACCGUGGCCUGGCUGGGCACACAGGACCGCAACAAAUACUGCAUUUACCGCAAGGAGGUGGCUGAUAAUUACGGCGAGGAGCAGAGGCGCCGGGAACAAAACCAGUGUGCCGGGCCAGAGACCCGCAGGAAGUCAGAAAAGGUCCUGUGCAAGUACUUCCACAGCCCGAACCUGCAGAAAGCUGUGACUACAGAGACCAUCACAGGUCUGGAGCAAGGCAAGACCUACCUGCUGGACGUUUACGUGGUGGGACACAGUGGUCACUCAGUGAAAUACCAGAGCAAACUGGUGAAAACAAGGAAGUACUGCUAAAUGACUCUGCAAAGAAUAAAUCUAUUAUAAAUAUAUAUAUUAAAUAAGUUUAUUUAACUCUAAGUGAUAUUCUACUAAGGAGUGUAUACAGACUGACUACUCACACAGCUGAUGGGCCUGUGGCAGUGACUGAACUGUUUGUAGAGAGAGAGAUAUCCACCUGUAUAUUUAUGUUUACAUUUCAUUGUGGCACGUCUGGGUGGCCCAUGGUGUGAGCUGCUUUGUUACCAGGCUUGUCGUCUUGACAUCAUGUUGCCACUGGGGAGGCAGAACUUCAAAGAGGAUCAUCUUUCAUGUUCUAUGUUGCUUUGUCGCUGCAUGACAUUUGCUUUUGUCUGUCAUAUUUGUCUGUUCCUUCGGUUUCACAUCACGUUGAUCGGAGGAGAUACAGUCGCUGCCUGUAUUGUAUAAAUCUCUCACUGCAUAUUCACAUACAUGUUUUAGGAAGAAUUUAAAUUAUUUUAUACUUUUCGUCUCUCUUUUCAAUUGUCUGUUUUUAUUGAUGACAAUAAUAACUGUUACGAGGAAAUUCCAGUUUUAUGAGGAGGUUGUUGUAGUUCAGACAUUCCCUUAUGUAUCUCAGCCAGUGUUUGCUCUAGAGCCCAUCUUGUAAAUGUGUUCUGUGCUGGAGAUCUGUGUAAUUAUCACUGUAUCGCUGUGUGUGUGUGUGUGUGUCACAUGUACAGAGUUGUCCUGCCAAUAUUCAUGUACAUAAACACUAAAUAUAGAACAAGUAAUCCCUGUGUCACCCUGGGUGUCAUGUUCUUUUGCCAAGCAGUUAACAUCACAAUCAUGGCUCCGAGAUGAAAGAGCGCUCUGCGUAUUGUGUUCAUACUCUCAGACACCUAUAUCAGGGCUGUGUAUAAGCAGGACUCGAUACUUGGAGUUAUUUUAAAUGAUAACUUGAUCCUAAAAAUGAUUUGUGACAAGAAAAGUUCAUAAGAGGAUGAAUUAUUCGCUGGAAAUAACUUUUAAGACCCUCAUCACACACGUGGAAAAUGUUACUUCCUGGCACCAUCGUUUGCAGUCAAAUCUCCACAUCUUAGCAUGUUCUGAGAGCAUUUAUUUGCCACUGCUAGACAACAAUUCAUAUUUUUAUUGGGAGGUUUUAUUUUUUUACAUGGUCUACUUUUCUUGUGCUCUUGCACAAGAAACUUCUAAUACAUACGUUUUAGCUCUUUACAGCUCUGAGACUAUACUCCAUCUGUUUCACAUGGUCCCCCUGUAAUCUUUGUUUUUGUAUUAAAACAGUCACGAGAAGUUAUCUGAUGUUGCUGCCCUGUACACUG